CAACCAUUAACGACUGAAAAUCGUCACUCAUAAACUCACACAGUCGCUUUAUCUUGAAAGAUAUCUCUUCAAUCGCUUCCUUCCCCAGAAAACGAAAAAUCUUUCCUCUGCUCGUAUCCAGAAAACGACAACUAAUUCUGCCUUGCAGUUGAAUUCCGUUUCGCUAGCUUCAGAUAAUGAAUAACUCUCACACAAAUAAUCCAUGGUGAAAUUCUUCUCUCUAUCUCCCAACUCUCUCUCCACAUUACUCUCCACACCCACAUCCUUUUCUCCUCUCUGCCCAUCUUGUCUCCACCGCCAUGCAAAACCCAAGUUCGUCGCUUCCUUGACGCAGAACAAGACCCUCAAAGAACCCAGCUUUACAUCAUCAUCGUCAUCACAGAGUUUUCGCGCCGGAGAAGAACUUUCCGGCGAAACAUACAACCAUUUGAUCCGCGAAUAUUGCCGAGCAGGAAAUGUCGACGGAGCCAUGACGCUUCUCGCUCAACUCAACGGCUUGGGAUUUCAUCCCAGUUUUGCAACUUACGCUUGUUUGAUUGAAGCUCUCGGAAGUGUUGGAAGGACUUUGGAAGCGGAGUGUUUGUUUCAGGAGAUGAGGUUUUUCGGGUUUAAGCCGGGGAUAAAGUUGUGUAAUGUUUUGCUUAAAGGGUGUUUGAAGAAAGGCCUCUUAGAGGUGGGAAUUAGAGUUUUGGAGUUAAUGGACGAAGUAGGGGUUGAAAAGAACCGGGAAAGUUAUGAGAUUUUGUUGGAUUAUUAUGUUAAUGCCGGGAGGUUGGAAGAUACUUGGUGGGUUAUUAAUGAGAUGAGGAGUAAGGGAUUUAGGCUGAGCUCGUUUGUGUAUGGGAAAGUUAUUGGUCUUUAUAGGGACAAUGGGAUGUGGAAGAAAGCUAUGGACGUUGUGGAGGAGAUUAGGGAGAUGGGUUUGGCGUCGGUUCGGAAGGUUUAUAAUAGUAUUAUUGAUACUUUUGGUAAAUAUGGUGAACUUGAUGAUGCAUUGCAGGUGUUUGAGAAAAUGAGAGGAGAGAAUGUGAAGCCGGAUAUAACGACGUGGAAUUCACUGAUAUUGUGGCAUUGUAGGGCUGGGGAUGUCGGUAAGGCGCUUGAGCUUUUUGCGGAGAUGCAGGAGGAAGGGUUGUACCCCGACCCGAAGAUCUUCAUUACGGUUAUUAGCCGUUUAGGGGAGCAGGGGAAGUGGGACAUGAUCAAGAAGAUGUUUGAGAAUAUGAAUUGUAGAGGGUACAAGAAGAGCGGGGUCAUAUACGGCGUUUUGGUUGAUAUUUACGGGCAGUAUGGGAAGUUUCAGGGCGCUGAAGAGUGUAUUUCUGCUCUGAAAUGGGAAGGUCUUCCAAUUUCUGCAAGCGUGUUUUGUGUCUUGGCAAAUGCCUAUGCUCAGCAGGGAUUAUGCGAUCAGACACUUAAGGUUCUUCAGCUUAUGGAAGCUGAGGGGAUUGAACCAAAUGUUGUAAUGCUAAACGUUUUGAUCAACGCAUUUGGUAUUGCUGGUAGACAUUUGGAGGCUUUGUCGAUUUAUCACCAUAUAAAAGAAAUAGGUUUCAGUCCCGACGUCGUUACUUAUACUACUCUCAUGAAGGCAUUUAUUCGCGCAAAGAAAUGCGAUAAGGUCCCUGAGAUAUACAAGGAAAUGGAAUGUGCUGGCUGCACUCCGGAUAGGAAGGCCAGACAGAUGUUGAAAGUUGCUUUGAAUGUUCUUGAGCAGAACUAGCUAGUUAAGUUCAGAUGCAACAAAGCCACGUGAAUUUGUCAUUUGAAGACCCCGUUUGAAGCCGUCUCUUCGCUCGGCGCAGUCAAUGCAGAGCCUCUCGCAUAGCUUAUUCCUCAACAUUGUAUAUCUUCUAAUUUUGUUCUUGCUCUUCUAAUUAGUCGUCGCUGGAAAAUUAAUAAUGUCGUAGGCUUUACUUCCAAAUAUUUGUUUGUUCUUUAAUCCUCUUUUCUUUUUAUGUUACAAAGGGAUACAAAUGU